GUUUGGUGGUUAUUAUAACAAACUCACACUUGUCGUCACAUUAGUGGAUACUUAGGCGACUAUAUUCUUUAUACAGAUGUAAGAGAAUUACUACAUCUUUUUUUUUUUUUUUUUUCAGAUCCACUAACUUCUGAAUCUGUCACCCGUGACGCAUUGUGUAUGCAUGCGCGCGGCACACUGAUGUUCCUGCCUCCGUUUUCUUUCAGCUCUUACAGUAGUACCUGAUCUUUUAAUAGAAGCAUGAGAUAAACACACUUGCAAUGCAAACCGCGCUCGCAUUAGGAAGAGCAUUAAAAACUGAGAUCAUGACACCAGCGACGCCUAUAAAAGAGUCCGAAGUUUUGGGGAUGAACGCUUCUCUAAUUCCCUUUUGGAAUGGGUCGACAGCGGAUCUUGACAAGAGAAGAGUUCUGCACUAUGGACAAUUCUCUCCACCCGUCUCGGUUCUUCUGGCAGUGCUCAUGUCACUCAUGGUUUUUGCCACAGUACUUGGGAAUGCUCUGGUAAUCCUGGCUUUCGUGGUGGAUAAAAGUUUAAGGGCUCAAGGCAAUUUUUUCUUUUUGAACUUAGCUAUAGCUGAUUUUUUAGUUGGCGUUUUUUGCAUCCCAGUUUACAUUCCUUACGUAUUGACUGGAAAAUGGAAACUUGGACGAGGACUUUGUAAGCUGUGGCUCGUUGUUGAUUACCUGCUCUGCACAGCAUCGGUCUUCAACAUCGUUUUAAUCAGUUUCGACAGGUUUAUUUCAGUCACAAGAGCGGUAAGCUACAGGAGCCAGAAGGGUGUGACCCGAGGUGCGGUACUGAAAAUGGCAAGUGUGUGGCUGGCUGCCUUUCUGCUUUAUGGCCCAGCAAUCAUCAGCUGGGAAUACAUUGCAGGGAAAAGCAUCCUACCAGAGGAAGAAUGCUAUGCAGAGUUUUAUUUCAACUGGUAUUUUCUCAUGAUGGCAUCCACAGUGGAGUUCUUCACCCCCUUUAUAAGCGUGACCUACUUCAACCUCAGUAUUUACAUCAACAUCAGAAAGCGCACCCUCAUGAAGAACGAUAACCCAGCUCCGGGGCAAGGAGAAGAGAUGGUCUUUCUUGGAAAGAGCAAAAGACAACAAGUUUUUUUUGUCAGACCUGCAGCUAGAAAGAACAAAGGGAAGAAAUCCAGGGCAAGUAGGUUUUCUGCUGCUAAAGUCUGUAUAGGAGAUAGCGAUGUUAAGAAACUAGCUUGCCAGUCCUUGGACCUGCCACCUUUACAACUGGAAGAGCUGCCCAGGCAGCCAGCUGACUGCUGCUACAAGUCUGUAGAUCAGUUCUGCGGCACUCAGCGCAGGUCUGACAUGGCCACCACUAUGGCCAACCGGUUCCGGCUUUCCAGGGACAAAAAGGUGGCCAAGUCCCUGGCAGUGAUCGUCUGUGUGUUCGGACUUUGCUGGGCUCCCUACACCUUGAUGAUGAUCAUCAGAGCAGUUUGUCAUGGACAGUGUGUCCUGUAUUACCUAUAUGAGAUAUCCUUCUGGCUCCUGUGGUUAAACUCCUCCAUCAAUCCUGUUUUGUACCCACUGUGUCACAUGAGCUUUAGAAAGGCUUUCAUGAAAUUGCUCUGCCCCAGGAAAAUAAAGAUCCAGCCACAGUUGUGAUCUAAAGUGUUAGGAAAUGUUAUGUUGUCUCAAAGGAUCAUUGGAGGUAUAGUACAUGGGAGAAGCAGAUCAGUUAAUGAUGGAGCUGGUACUAAAGUACAUUGAUUUCUGUGAAGGCUGAACUUUCGUUUUGUUGUAUAUUUAAAUGUUUCCGUAAACAGCGUGUAUCCUAUUCAUAUCACACUACAAAAUAUGUGUGAUCAUUAAGCUUUGAAACCAUGUGGACUUGCAAUACGUGUUCAUCAUAAAUUAUUUAGGUAGCAUGAAUAGGAUAUACAUUUCAAUCAAUGUUUGUUUUGAAGAAUCAUGGAUAGCCAUGUCUUAAUUAGGCUUCAAUGAGUCAUUUAGUAUGUUGAAAUAUCACUGUGCAAUGGUUGUCAUUAUACUUUAUAUUGUGAUUAAAAUUACACCUUCAGUCUUCAUAGGUUUUAAAAAAAAUUUAAAAAAAAGUUUGCCUUUGUGAGUCUUGGUUUUGUAAUCUAGCUGCUUGUCAUGGUAAAUAACAAAAUGGUUAAUAAAGGCUUGUAAUUAAGCACGUGCAA